AUGAAAGCUUCUCCAGAGGUCACUGAUUCAUUACAGUGUCAUGCUGAAAGUUCAAGUCAAACUAAUACAAGACUCCUUGGUACAAGUGACAUUGGACACUUUGGUGUUGAGACAAAUGUGACAAAUUAUGGCCUCAUGAACCCAAACAUUGCAACCACUUCAGGCACAAGGGAUAUUAGGCAAGGAUCAAGGCAUUGUUUGUCAAGCAUGCCUUUAAAUCCUGAAAGUGUUACAGCUAGGUUUAAUAAUGAACAAGAGAAUGAAGAUCUUCCUAAAGAACAACCAUCUGACCAGUUAAUGGAUAGUAACAUCAAUAAGAGGUUAAAGGUAUCAAGCUCAAUGAACUUGUCUAAUUUCCUUUUUAGGCAAUCUAGAAAGGGAAAAGGGUUUUUGUGCAAAAGUUCAGAGAUCUCUGAUGAGCCCAAUGUUGCAGAAAUGACCAAUAAAGAUUUCAUGGGCAGAAUGAGUUUUAAUGGAUCAUUAAAGUUAAGUGAAAUGACUCUUGAUUUCCCUCAAGAAAGUGCAUACAAAGGGAUGAACUUGAGGAAGUGGCUAAAACACAAUUCUAUACAAGUGAAUAAAGCUGAGAGGCUGCAGAUAUACAGACAGGUUGUUCAGGUUGUCGAUAUGACACACUCUCAAGGAAAUGCCUUGCAAGAUUUAUGGCUUUCAAAUUUCAGUUUGUUGCCAUCAAAUGAGAUCAUUUAUUUUGAUUCUUCAACAAAUUAUGAAGUAAUAAAUAGUGGUCAAAGUAAUGGAAAACAUAUUCAACAAGGGAGAGAGUCAUACUCUGUAACUAUUGAACUUGAAAAAAAAUGGUAUGCUUGUCCAGAGGAGCUCUAUGGAAUGGAAUCAUUAUCAGCAAAUAUCUACAACCUUGGUGUUCUCUUAUUUGAGUUACUCUCCUCAUUUGCAUCAUUAGAGAUGCAUUCUGCAGCAAUGUCAGAUUUACAAUACCGGAUCCUUCCACCAAGUUUCAUUUCUCAAAAUCCACAAGAAUCUGCCUUCUGUCUUUGGCUCCUUCAUCCUCACCCUUCAUCUCGCCCAACAACAAGGGAAAUCCUACAAUCUGAGUUAUUAAGUGGAACCAAAGAAUUUUACUCCAAGAACACGUAUUCUCCAAUUAUAGACAAGACCAAAGAUUCUGAGUUUGAGAUUUUACUUAAUUUUCUAGUUUUAUUAAAGGAACAAAAGGAAAAACACGCGUUGGAGUUAUAUAAAAAUAUCCAGUUGUUAGAAACCGAUAUCAAGAGUUUUCAGCACGUGUUUUAUGGUUCAAAUACAUUCGAGACAAGAAUGAAGACAAACAUCAGUCAUCUUGAAAGUGCUUAUUUUAGCAAGAGGUCCCAACUCCAACUUCCUACCAUUGUCUCUAAUGACCGAAAUGACCUCGACCUGUUAGGGAAUCAUGAAAGGUGCUGUGAUGAUUUUUUAAAGGGUGUAUGUAAGUUUAUAAGAUAUAGCAAGUUUGAGGAAUGUGGGAAUUUAAAAAUCGGGAAUCUUUUGAAUUCUGCAAAUGUGAUUUGCUCUUUGAGCUUUGAUCGUGAUGAGAACUACAUUGCUGUUGCUGGUGUCUUGAAGAAAAUAAAGAUUUUUGAAUUUGAUUCACUUUUAAAUGAUUCUGUUGAUGUUAAUUAUCCUGCUGUUGAGUUGGUGAAUGAUUCAAAGCUUAGCUGUGUUUGUUGGAACAAGUACCUCAAGAAUUAUUUGGUGUCAGCUGAUUAUGAUGGUGUGCUUCAGGUGUGGGAUGCAUUCAUUGGUCAAGGGUUAUCUCAUUAUAUAGAACACCAAAGAAGGGCAUGGUGUGUUGAUUUUUCUCGUGUGGACCCCACACAAUUUGCCAGUGGCAGUGAUGAUUGUUCAGUCAAGUUAUGGAGCUUAAACGAUAAAAAAUCAACAUGCACAAUCAGAAGUGCUGCUAAUGUGUGCUGUGUACAAUUCUCUCCAUGUUCUUCACAUCUAUUGGCUUUUGGAUCUGCUGAUUACCAGAUACACUGUUAUGAUCUUAGACAUGUAAAGAUUCCAUGGUGCACGUUAGCAGGACAUGAAAAGGCUGUAAGCUAUGUGAAGUUUUUGGAUUCCGAUUCCGUUGUUUCUGCAUCUACUGAUAAUACAUUGAAGAUUUGGGACCUGAAAAAAACCAGUUUAGAGGGGAUUUCUACUGAUGCUUGCUGCAUGACCUACAAAGGUCACACUAACCAAAAGAACUUUGCUGGCUUAUCUGUUCUUGAUGGAUAUAUAGCAUGCGGUUCUGAAUCCAAUGAGGUUUAUGCUUAUCAUAAAAGUUUCCCAAUGCCAAUUACUUCCUACAAGUUCGGAACCACUGAUUCCAUUUCCGGUGGUAACAAUGGAGAGUUUGUUUCCAGUGUUUGCUGGAGGGAAAAAUCAAAUAUGAUUGUUGCUGCCAAUUCAGGUGGACAUAUAAAGCAAGAAAAAGUGGUGGGAAUUGGCGGCAUUAAUCUGGAAUUGUUGCCGGAAAACCAUAAACGCAGUCAGACUUCCGGCAACUUCUACCACCUGAAAAGAAUUUCCGGUCAGAAACAUGAAGGAAAUGUCUUCGGAAUCAGAAGCAAAUGA